AUGGGACCUAAAAGAGCAAAGCUUUUAACGACUGUUCCGCUUUCUCUCUUCUCUUCCCCCGACUCCUCUCUCUCUUUCUUUCCCUCUCUACCCUCUCUCUAUCUCUUUCUCUCUCUCUGUUUUAUUUUCUUUUUUGUUCUUUCUUUAUCUCUCAUACUGCCUUUUCUUUCUCUCACACUAUUUCCUUCUAUUCCUCAAAUUUUAUUAUACCUCUUUUUCUUUCUUUCUUGUUUAUUCUCUCUUCUUAUACAUCUAUCUAUCUAUCUAUCUAUCUGUCCUUUCCUUUCGCGUUCCCCUCUUUCUUUACCACGCAUUCUUUGUUCUUGCUUUUUUUUUCCUGAAAAUGAGACUCAAAAGAGCAAAGAUUUUAACGAUUGUUCUACUUUCUUUCCUUUCGAAUUCUUUCUCCCUUUCUUAUUCUCUCUUCCACAUUUCCCCCCUCUCUCUCUCUUUCACUCUCGCUUUCUCUCUCUUUCUCACUUUCUCUCUCUUUCUCUCUCACUAAUCACUAUCUUUCUCUUUUCCCAAGCUUAUUUUUUCAUAUCCUCUUGUCUUUUAUCUCUUCAACCGUUUCUCUUUUAUCUUACACACUGUAAAAUUGUCAAAAUAUUUUCACUUGUAUUUCUAUCUAUCUAUCUAUCUAUCUAUCUAUCUAUCUAUAUCAUUUGUUGCUUUCUUUCUAUUUAUCGCAAUUUGUUUAUAUCUAUCUCAAUCUUUUCCUUUUUUCUAUCUAUCUAUCUAUCUAUCUAUCUAUCUAUCUAUCUAUCUAAAUGUGUUCCUUUCUUACUAUCUAUCUAUCUCAAUCUGUUCUUUUCUUUUUUUUAUCUAUCUUUGGAUAGAAAGGAACAGCUUUAA